GAUUAUUAUUGAUAAGGCGGAUGCUGGGUUUUAGUACGCCAUUUUCGUAGAUGCUCAUCAUUAUUUGAAAAAGUUUUGAUUUUUAGAAAUAUGUCACGGCGUUCCCAAUUAUUUGUUGGUCGUUUGCCUCUAGAUUCCAGAGAAAGAGAUAUUGAAGCGUUAUUUGAAAGAUAUGGAAGUUUGGUUAGAUGUGAUUUGAAAUAUGGAACUGGAAUGGCAUAUGCAUUUGUUGAUUAUGAAGAUAAGAGGGAUGCUGAGGAUGCAAUCAAGUACGAAAAUGGACGUGAUCUUCGUGGGCAGACAAUUGUGGUAGAAUGGGCAAGAGGUCCUUCAAGUCGUCCUCCAAUGCGCAGCAGGACAACUGCUGAAUGUUAUAGAUGUCAUCGUCAUGGACAUUGGGCAAGGGAUUGUCCAGAAUUAGAACGAGAUCGUUAUAAGGCCAGGCGUUAUUCUCGUUCCAGAUCUCGAUCUCGAAGACAUAGGUAUAGUUACAGUAGAAGCCGCAGUCCAUCUCGAGGUCGUUGGGGACGCCGUCGAAGAACACCUAGUCAAGUGCGCUCACCCAGCUACAAUCGCUCAAGGCGACCUAAGAAGCGUUCCCCUACACCAGCUAGUUCUCAUUCACGUUCAAGGUAAAUAUAUA